GACCGUUCCCUUUUAAUAACAAAAAAUACGUCCUGAACGAUUUAAAGAAAAGGUAAAAGUCGAAUCAAGCUGGCAAGUUCAUUUCGGGUCACGUGACCAACUCCGCCCAUUCACGAGGAGAGAAGUCAAUCCGCGCGCUUCGGGUAGAGAAGUUUUGCGAUCGUAAGACGGGUACCAAGUCGGUGAGUGGGACAAGCACGUUCUAACUGGAACAGUGCGGACUGAAAGUAAAUUAAAAGUACUACAUAUAUGAAAGGUGAAGGAUAAGGGUAGAGAAAAGCACGCGGCCAAUAUGCCGGAGUGCACGGAGGGUCACCCGCAAAAUCGACUAUUUAUUUCUAUAUGGUUUUUAACAAUAUACGUGUUCCUACUCAUACCAGCGACUGUAAACGCGCAACAAUAUUAUGGUUCACAAAAUUCUUCUGUAAUAUGUGGUAGCUGUGCGUCAGGAUGCAAGUGUGUUGGAGAAAAAGGAUCAAGGGGACCUCCAGGUUUUCCUGGACCACCUGGUGCACCAGGUCAAAUUGGAUAUCCAGGUCCUGAAGGUCUUUCUGGUGAUAAAGGAGAAAAGGGUGAUCCUGGACCUAUUGGUUCUAGAGGGCUAAAAGGAGAUAGAGGAAAAAUGGGAAUGCCUGGUUACCCAGGAAUUCCUGGACAUCCAGGUCAACAAGGUCCACCUGGAGAAAAAGGUCUACCUGGAUUAGAUGGCUGUAAUGGAACAGAUGGAAUUCCAGGAUUUCCUGGUCCUCAAGGACAUCCUGGCCCUAGAGGACCACCUGGUUCACCUGGAAUAAAAGGCGAAAAAGGAGAACCAGCAUUUGGGCCUCCUGGUUUAAAAGGACAAAAGGGUGAACAAGGAAGGCAUGGCCAACCAGGUCCACCUGGAAUUCCAGGUGCAGAUGGAAGACCUGGUCCGAAAGGUGACAAAGGAUAUCCUGGACCUCAAGGACCAAAAGGAGAUUAUGGACCUAGAGGUGAAAAAGGAAAUAUGGGAGUAGGAUAUCAAGGUGAAAAAGGUGAUCGAGGUGAUUCAGGCUUGCCAGGUCCACCAGGAACACCGGGUUCAUGUGAUGGUGGUGAUUCUGUCAGUGGGGCAAAAGGAACAGUAGUUGGUCCACCAGGUUUACCAGGAAUGAAAGGACAAAAGGGAGAACCAGGUGAAAGAGGUGAUAGAGGAUAUGAUGGUCUUCCCGGUCAAACGGGUCGUCCUGGUGAUAUAGGUAUGAAAGGAGAAAAAGGGUUACCUGGUUAUCCUGGAGAAAGAGGAAAAGAAGGUUAUCCAGGACCUACAGGCCCUAUUGGUUUAAAGGGAGAUAGAGGUGAAGAUGGUUUACCAGGUCUAGAUGGGUUGACAGGUAUGAAAGGUGAUCCUGGGCUUGAUGGAGGGCCUGGACCACGAGGCUUACCUGGGCCUCCUGGCCCACCCGGGGGUUCUGAAGGUAGAGCUGGUCCUCCUGGUAUACCUGGUCCUAAAGGCUUACCUGGACCUCCUGGAUAUCCUGGUGCAAAUGGACUUCCAGGUGGUAUAGGACCAAGGGGUCCACCAGGUCCACCUGGGGGUCCAGGAGUUCCUGGUAUUCCAGGAAGAGAAGGACCUCCUGGCAUUAAAGGAACUAAAGGAGAAUCUGGACUACCAGGAUUAAAUGGAUUGCAAGGUCAGCCAGGAUUACCCGGAGUUUCUGGACCAAAAGGUGAACCAGGUCCUAAAGGAAAUCCUGGUGUGUCAAUUCAGGGACCAAAGGGAAUGGAUGGAAGCCCUGGAUUAGAUGGUCUUCCUGGAGCAAAGGGUGAACCUGGGCCAAAGGGAGAAAGAGGUAUUCCUGGAGAUACCAGAGAAGGAAUACCUGGACCUGCUGGUCCUCCAGGAUCAAAAGGUGAACGGGGUUAUCAAGGAAUUGCAGGAAGGCCAGGUAUACCAGGAUUACCAGGCCCAAAAGGUGAUCGAGGUGGUAGUUGCAUUGCAUGUAUUCCUGGAACAAAAGGUGAAAAGGGAGAGCGAGGACUUGAUGGGCUACCUGGAAUACAAGGAGAAAGAGGACCUAGUGGUCUUCCAGGGUUACCUGGAGAAAGAGGAGAAGAUGGACGAACUGGACUACCUGGUCCUCCUGGUGAUGAGAUUUACGAAGAAAGAAGUCUUAGGAAAGGGGUACCUGUCACUUCAUGUAUCAUGAUGAAACUGUCCAAGUAUACCUUUGACAUUCUGGAUUUCACUGGUAAAUUAUCAAAACCUGAAGAUCUAAUUAAAUAUCUACCUCCUGGACCACCUGGACCACCAGGAUUUCCUGGUGCUCCUGGAGAAAAAGGACUUCGUGGAAUGUCUGGAAUACCAGGUCUUCCUGGUAUGGAUGGAAUGCCAGGACUCAAAGGUGAACCAGGAGAAGAUGGAGCACCAGGACAACCAGGACCAAGAGGCUUUCCUGGACCUCGAGGAGAGAAGGGUGAGGCUGGACCAAUGGGUUUCCCAGGUGAUCAAGGCCCAAGAGGAGAAAAUGGCUUGCCUGGUCUAAUUGGACCAAAAGGACAAAAAGGAGAAUCAGGACUACCUGGUGCUGGAUUACCAGGUCCCCCUGGUCCCCCAGGACUACCAGGUAUAAAAGGUGAUUCAGGACUCACAGGACUGCCAGGACCUCCAGGCGAGAAGGGAUUUCCAGGAUUUCCGGGAAGAAAAGGUGAACCUGGAUUACCAGGAAUUCCUGGAUCACUUGGACCAAAAGGUGAUAAAGGUGAAGCAGCAACUGAAGGACUUCCAGGUCCACGUGGUCCUCCAGGUCCAAAAGGAAGAGAUGGACUGCCAGAUUACAUUUUAGGCGAGAAGGGAUUUCCAGGAUUUCCGGGAAGAAAAGGUGAACCUGGAUUACCAGGAAUUCCUGGAUCACUUGGACCAAAAGGUGAUAAAGGUGAAGCAGCAACUGAAGGACUUCCAGGUCCACGUGGUCCUCCAGGUCCAAAAGGAAGAGAUGGACUGCCAGGAUUUAAAGGUGAUAAAGGAGAGGCUGGAGUUCCAGGACUUCCUGGAUUAAAUGGGGAGUCUGGGGAGAAAGGAGAUAGAGGAUUUCCAGGUGAACGAGGAUUUGAUGGAAAACCAGGUCUACCUGGUCCUCCAGGCACUACAGGUCUAGAUGGAUUUCCUGGAUUGAAAGGUAUUUGCCAACAAUUAAGUUUUUGUCGCGUGAGUAAUAGACAACUGUUUUCGAAGUGUACCAUUGAGCACCGUUUAUUUAUUUAUAAAUAUUUUAUUUCAGGAUUUAAAGGUGAUAAAGGAGAGGCUGGAGUUCCAGGACUUCCUGGAUUAAAUGGGGAGUCUGGGGAGAAAGGAGAUAGAGGAUUUCCAGGUGAACGAGGAUUUGAUGGAAAACCAGGUCUACCUGGUCCUCCAGGCACUACAGGUCUAGAUGGAUUUCCUGGAUUGAAAGGAGAGAAAGGUGCUGCUGGUAUUGAAGGAUUUCCAGGAAAACCUGGAAAUCAAGGAAGAGAUGGGUUUCCAGGAGCUCCUGGAGAAAAAGGAGAUAGAGGGAUAGAUGGUUUACCUGGCUUAGAUGGCAUACCAGGUAGUCCUGGUGUAAAAGGUGAGCCUGGUUUACCUGGAAUACCAGGACGUAAAGGAGAUGCUGGAGAAGCUGCUGCAAAAGGUGAAAAAGGUAUUCCUGGUCCACCUGGAAAACCAGGUCCUCCAGGCUUACCUGGAAGAGAUGGUUUCAAUGGCCUUCCUGGAAUGAAAGGUGACCCAGGAUUACCUGGAAGAGGAAUUCCUGGUCCUCCUGGACCAAUUGGAGAAAGAGGUCCACAAGGUCUUCCAGGUCUAAUUGGACCACCUGGACCAAAAGGAAUUGAUGGAUUACCAGGAUUUCAUGGCAUGAAAGGCGAGAAGGGUAGUCCAGGUUUAUCAGGUCAGCCUGGCUUACGUGGCUUAGAUGGAAUUCCAGGAAUGAAAGGAGAAAAAGGUGGUCAAGGAUUACCUGGAUUUCCAGGAGAAAAAGGAAGUAAAGGAGAAGCAGGAUUUCAUGGUAGCCCUGGAUUAAAAGGAGAAAGGGGGCCUUCUGGUCCACCUGGUUUACCAGGAUUAAAUGGACUAAAAGGUAUUAAAGGAGAAGGUGGAAUUCCAGGUUUACCAGGAGAAAGAGGUCAAAAAGGAGACAAAGGAGACUUAGGUUAUCCUGGUCCACCUGGUGCACAAGGUCCAAAAGGACAAGCAGGACUUGAUGGUGCUCCUGGUUUCCCAGGUCAAAAGGGAGAGCGUGGUUUUCCUGGAUUAGUUGGAAUGCCUGGUCAACCUGGAGCAAGAGGACUUCCAGGUGAUCAUGGUCCCCAGGGUCCCCCUGGUAUACCUGGUAUACCAGGACUUUCUAUUAAAGGAGAACCUGGUUUACCUGGAAGACCAGGAAAUGAUGGACAACCUGGAUUUCCAGGACAAAAAGGAGAAGCAGGCUUUCCAGGGUUGCCUGGAAAACAAGGAAUACCAGGUGAACCAGGACCACCUGGUUUCCCAGGAGAAAAAGGUGAUGCAGGUUUUCCUGGUCCGCCAGGUGCGAGUGGUAGAGAUGGUUUUCCUGGUUUGAAAGGUGAUAGUGGAGAACCUGGUUUAACUGGUCUUAAAGGUGAACGUGGCUUGCCAGGUCCUCCUGGUUUACCUGGAAAACAGGGACCUCAAGGAUCACCUGGACCAAGUGGAAUUCCUGGAAUUCCUGGUUUGAAAGGUGAUAAGGGUGAAGCUGGAUUUACAGGGGCACCUGGCUUUCCUGGAUUAAAAGGAGAAAGAGGCAUUCCAGGACCAUCAGGUUUUCCUGGACUUCCAGGUCCAAAGGGGGAGAGAGGUCUAAAAGGAGAGAAAGGAGUAGUUCCACCUGCUGCUUUGUUAAAAGGAGAGAAAGGGGAGAGAGGUCAACAAGGACCUCCAGGAGAAAGAGGACCACAAGGACCUCCUGGAUUUGAUGGUUUUCCUGGACAGCCAGGUCUUAAAGGUGAACAAGGAAGAAUAGGUCCUGCUGGACUUCCAGGACCACCUGGCCCUCCUGGUUUCAAAGGAGACCGUGGUUUACCUGGCCUGAAUGGAGCUCCUGGUCGACCAGGAAGUAGGGGUCCACCAGGUGUUCCAGGUAUACCUGGAUCACCAGGCGGUGAUUAUUUAAUGGGUAUUCUCUUAGUAAGACAUAGUCAAUCUUCAAAUAUUCCACAAUGUCCAAAUGGAAUGGCUACACUAUGGUCUGGAUAUAGUUUAUUAUACAUUGAAGGAAACGAAAAAUCUCAUAAUCAAGAUCUAGGUUAUGCUGGAUCUUGUUUAAAAAGAUUUAGUACAAUGCCGUUCCUAUUCUGUGACUUUAAUAGUGUGUGCAAUUAUGCAAGUCGUAAUGACAAAUCAUAUUGGUUGUCCACAAAUGCACCAAUUCCCAUGAUGCCAGUUGGUGAAGAUACCAUUCGUCAAUAUAUCAGUCGAUGUGUUGUUUGUGAAGCACCAGCUAAUGCCAUAGCUGUCCACAGCCAGUCAUUAAUAAUACCAGAUUGUCCAGGUGGUUGGAAACUUCUAUGGAUUGGAUACAGCUUUGCCAUGCAUACUGCUGCUGGUGCAGAGGGUGGUGGGCAAUCACUGUCAAGUCCAGGCAGUUGUUUAGAAGACUUUAGAGCCACGCCGUUCAUCGAAUGUAAUGGUGCUCGUGGGACAUGCCACUAUUUUGCAAACAAAUUUAGUUUCUGGCUCUCAACAAUUGACAAUGACAAUGAAUUUGAACGGCCAAAAAGCACUACACUUAAAGCUGGCAAUCUCUUGACUAAAAUAAGUAGGUGUGCAGUAUGUUUGAAGAUAACUUAACGAAAAGAAGCUGUAAUGCAGAGUGUCAGCAAUUGUAAUGAUAGGGACAUUGGUGUUAAUUUAAAACUCUUCAGUGAAAGAGUUUUAGUCUUACUUCCUGUGGCUAAUCUGAAAUCUACUUGGAAGCUUUAUACAAUUCCUGUCUCUAUCAAAAAUCAUAAACAUCCCAAAAGUACUCUCUUUUAUAUAACUUUUGUAUCGUAAGUUAGCUUAUUAAAAAUUUAAUUGUAUAACUUUUAUACAUUUGAAUUUGAAUUCAUUGGUGCUAUUAAAUGCAUGCUGAAGGGCCUUUAAAUAGUGUCCCAUUAUGCAUCAAAGUGUAUACAUAUUAUUUGUGGGGUUAAGUUUUGUGUGAUGCAUUAAUGUAACUUUAUUUCAUUUAAUUUAGAUUUUAAAAGAUGUGUUGUUUUCUUAUGUUAAAAAUUUCCAUCAGAAGCACUUAAUGCUUUUAAAACAUUAUGUUCAUAAAAUUAUAUUAAAGUGUUGUGUUGUGAAGUCUUUGCUACUACUGUGUAAUUCUAUUUAUUGCAAGCUUAUCAAUAAUAUAAAAAUUUGAAAUAUGCUUUCUAGUUUUGUAAAUAUAUUUUAAUAUUUUUUUUCUGCUCAUUUCUAAUUCAGUGUUGCAUCACAUAACAACUAACCCCAUUUAAUGCAUUUAAUGAUGUUUAUCAUAUGUCAAAAAAAGUUCUCUCUUUAUUUCAUCAUAGAAGCAUUCAAUUUUUGGCAGCUUCCAAACAAAAAAAUUUCACAACUAUAUUAUGUGAUGUUAUUGUAUAUGUUUUUAAAUUCUCUUGAAAAAAUAUUUUUAAUACUAUCACAGAUAUGAUAAAUGGAAAAUUUUCUAAUUGAAUACUCAAGGCAGCUUUAUAAAAAUACUUACUGUCUUCAUUCUUUAGUAAAUUAAUAAUCUUAUUGACUCUACAUAAAUAUAUAGAUAUAUAUGUGUAUAUAUAUAUCACUUGUAUGAAUUGUCUUUCAAAAGUUUUCACCUAUAAUUCAACCACUGCCAUUGUGUAAAUUGUGACUUAAUUUUAAAUGAGAUGUACGUGCUUUAACUAUUGUAUAUGAUACUGUAAGUAUCAUUUUGUCUAAAUAAAUUAUCAUUAAAUUCAAUAAAAUAUAUUCAAAUUUAUUUUUUGAGAGAAAAAUGAAAAAUUUAUUUUUAACAUAUGUAACAAUGAUUUUAGAAAUGGUAGCUUCAUUCACUGAUGAUGAUGUAAGAAGGAAAGAGGAAAUCAAAUUUUCAUUAACAUCAAACUUUUUUUUGUUAAAUAUCUCAAACUGAAUAAUGAGAACACUGCCUAUUAAAAAAUUUCCAUUGUUCUCACUGCCAUUAUUGGUAUAGACUAGUCUCAUGUUUUUUUCUUUAUUGUUAUCACUUGUAAAUUAACGGAUUUUUAUGUGUUGCUCUAGCUUCUUAAGGAAUCAAUAAAAUGAUGCUUCUCUUGUAUAUAUUUUUAUUCAUACUA